AAAUGGCAAGUGGCGACUCCUUCUCACGUGCGUCCGUCGCGCGUCCCCGGGAAGGUGGACACUCCCAAGCCGCGUUGCAAUGAGGCUUCGCGCAUUGCGUGCCCCGACGAGACGAAAUUCGGGUGCGCACAUCUAGGAAUUUUGCUGUUAAUAUGAGUCUCAAUAUCAGGUAAUCAGUAUCCAUAAAAUAUAUAAAUACAUAUUAGGAAAAGAAACGUACCAGUUCAUUAGACGAAGAGUUACAAUGGCAUCACCAGAGGCACUCCGCGGGAAGUUGCAGAAGGAUAUCGACCUGAAAUCGAGUGCAGCUGAUUACUAUAAGUUGUGGAGGAAGGAGUCCCACAAGAUCCCCACUGCUUCGUCAAAAAACAUUCAGGCAGUAGCUCUUCAUGAAGGUGACUGGCACACCAAUGGAGCUAUCAAGCGCUGGAACUACACCCUCGAUGGAAAAUCAGCUGUGUUCAAGGAGAAGAUGGAGUUUGAUGAUGCCAACAUGACUGUUACCAUCCACGGCAUGGAGGGAGAUGUUUUUGACGAGUAUAAGGUCUACCGGGGAACAUGCAAGGUUGUCCCAAAGAACAAGGGUUCCGUGGCGAAGUUGGGCGUAGAGUAUGAGAGGGUGAACGAGGAUGCACCGAUUCCCAACAAAUACAUGGACUUCUUCGUCAGCGUGAGUCAAGAUAUCGAUGCCCAUGCCUACACGGCAUCGACAUGAGAGGCUGGCGGUGGAUCAGCUUGAAACCUUGUUUCUAGCCAAACGAAUGUAUCUAUACUGCGUGAAAUGAUGUCGCACUAUUGGAUGUAUUGUGUCUAUGAUGUUUCUCAGUGUAGUUUCUUUCGGUCAUAAGGGAGGUUUCUCUAUGUACUUUGAUUUGCUAUAUUUUGAUCGGGUGUCUAGGCAGUGGCCGCAGUACUUGUAAAUAACUGAAAGCUCUCUAGAGCAGCUUUUCAACUCUCAUGCAUGAAUAAAAAUCUCAACAAUGUUUAUUAGUAA